AUGUCUGACAGUUACAAGCAACCACCUCCAGUCAUGGAACGUCUAGUGGCAGGCGAGGCCAGCGGAAUGUCUGUAUACGACCGCAAGCUAAAAGAUUUCCUGCUAGGAAACAACGACGAGCCACAAGACAGGAUUGCCAGGCAAGGAGCACCCAGCCAUCGCGCCCAAUACCGAGGCCAGGAUCUCUGGAAGAGGUACUUCAACCAUCCCAGCGUCAAGCAAGCCAAACGGGUUCAGCGGGCUACGAAAUCUUUCAGCUACGAGGGCCUAAAUCUCAAAGAAAACCACCAGCAAAUUAGGCUCCUACGUAUCCAUCCACAGCGCGUGGAGAAUUUCGAUGAAACCGUGGUAUGCGACCUAUAUGUCGUGGAUUUGGCUCGAGUGAAAAACAAAUUCGAAGCUCUGUCGUAUUGUUGGGGCGACAGUCAAGCUGAUCAGAUUAUCUCCAUUCAUCGCGCUACGGUUGACGAGAUGGGCCAACUUCAUUGUGGACCGGCUCAGGAAUUUCCCGUCCGGUCCAAUCUGCAUCAAGCUUUGAAGCACCUGCGCCACACCACACAAUUUGUCAGUCUCUGGGUGGAUGCUAUAUGCAUAGAUCAAAGGGAUAGGCCAUAUGCAGCUGCGGAGAAGAACAGGCAAUUGUCCAUGAUGAGUGAGAUCUAUAACUGCGCUAAGAACGUAUGCAUAUGGCUUGGGGAUCCCGAUGAGCAAUCAAGCAAAGCUCUCAGCUUCGUCCACAAAAUCAGCAACUUCGAAGAGCUCGAAGCAUGCCUUCGUAUUGUUGAUGAAGCCACAACAGGACAGUGGAUGAACCUCGUUGAAACCCUAAAGAAAACGCAGUGGUUCAGUCGUCGUUGGAUAAUCCAAGAAAUUGCAUCAGCACGAAGCGCUUCGGUUCACUGCGGACACAACGUAGUGCACUGGGAUGAUCUCGCGGUCGCUAUAUCGAUUCUGGAGGAAAAUCAAGCAAUGAUCGAGCGCGCCUUCAGCCCAAAGCCCAUAUUUGCGCAGAUAUCAAAUUUGAGUGCAACUCAACUGGUCAAGUCGCUUACACACGUCUACCGGAAAUUUUCUACAGGAGAAAUCGCUGAAAAGCUCCUUGAUCUUGAGACACUUGUUUGCACAUUCCAACAAUCUCAAGCUAGGUUUCCCGAGGACGUUAUCCAUUCAGUACGGGCACUCGCGCACGAUUCACCUGGGUUAGAAGACUUUGAAUUCAGCGCAAACAACGACAAAGGCACACCAGGGCUGUUCAUUGCAUUCGUGCAUCGUUGCAUUGAGAGAUCAAGAUCUCGAGAUAUCAUCUGUCGGCAUUGGGCUCCACCAGUGACUGACACUUCACGCGAAAGAGUUCAACUACCUUCCUGGAUAUCAGACCUUACUAAUGCUCCUUUUGGUUUGCCAGGCACGUCUCACGAGAGACAGAAUGGUGAAAAUUUCGUUGCUAUUUCCCCACAUCGAAGAUGGAAGCAGUAUAAUGCCUCAGGAACUUGGAACCCUAAUCUAGACGAAUAUCUCAGCCAAAAGGAUUCACAAGUACGAGUUCCAAGCGCGCAAACACGGUGGUCAACGGGUAAUGUUCCUAUGCCUAGUAUCUCAUCUAAGGUCAACGGCGCACACGCGCACGGAGAUACCAGCUCCCCGUCCUUACCGACAGCGAGAUUCCAGAAUCCACCAAACGUCGACGCUCUUGAUGAGCUCUCAUUACGUGAUGCUGUUCAAGAGCCUAGCCCCAGAUCGACCGACAGUCUUAACUUCACGUCUACAAACGGGGAAGUCACAUCAGUCCCGGCCUCUCCGACGAAGGGUCACAAGCGCUCUAUUACUGCGCCUGCGAUCUCAGCAAAGAAGGAGAUAAACAAGACCAACGACUGGAACUCAAUUCUCUCAGCCUUUACCAAGCCUAAUGGACUCAAUACUAUCAAAGAACUGGCCGAUCCCGCACGCCCACUUAAUCAUCAAAACUCGAGAUCUUUGCAAGGGCUUUACAUACAAGAGGGCAAGGAGCAAGUGCAUCAUAUGGAGCACGCUGAUUACCUAAGUGUUCCAGGAUUCAUUUUGGGUACUAUUGAGAAAAAAUCUGACACAAUGCGAGAGGGGGUCAUACCGGGCGACUGGAUAGCGAUGCUGAGAGGAGACAAGAAGAAUGUCAUUCCCGAUAGUUUAUGGAGAACACUGGUUGCUGAUCGGACUGAGAAUGGAAACAACCUCCCGGAAUGGUAUAAACGAGCAUGUCUCCAUUGCCUUGAAGACUCGCGUUUCGUCAAUAGCCAAGGCGAUUUGAACACCAACAGAUCACUUUCGGAUACUCCGCUGGACACCAUGACCUCGAAAUAUCUGGAGAGGGCCAAGAGCGUCAUCUGGAGGCGCCGCUUCAUACAGUUGAAAUUGGGAGCAGCGUUUGGGGAUGAUCUGGUGUACGGGCUAGCCCCCGAAAGGUGCAAGAAAGGCGACGUCGUAUGCAUCAUCGGUGGUUGUUCGGUACCUGUGGUUCUCAGGAAGAUUGAGGACCUGGAAGUGUGUGGCUCGUUUGAAGCCGCUGGCGUAUUCACACUGAUUGGUGAAACUUACAUUCACCAGAAGAUGAAUGGGGAAGCUGUGCAAGAUCUGGGGCGCGUCAAGAAGCUUCAGAACACUUUCGUGUUGAAAUGA